AUACUUGCUUGUUUUUAAGAAAUGUUGUGUUCUUAAAUACCAGCCUCAAAAACUUCCUCCGAGUUUAGCUUAAAUUUUGAGUUUUGCUGCAUUGGUUAUAUCACCAAUAGUCAGAGUUUAGAAAUCUUCCUGUAAUAGCUUCAAGAGUUUAAAAAUUCACUUGUCUUGGAUUUGGUAAAGGAGUGCUAAAUCUAGUUUGUUGUUCUGACUUGCAAACCCUUUGUAGAAUAAAGGGUUUGUAGAGUCUUUAAUUAUGGUUGUCUUCAAAAACACACUAGAAAAAUGUCAAGAACAUUGAGAUCACAUAGGAGAUGAAUCAGUAAAGGAACCACACCUCUUGCUAUUUGUCUUACAAUAUCUUGUAAUUUAAGUAUAUUGCAAACUAAAUGUCUAAAUCUGUUAUUGAUGCUGAAGAAAUCAAUGAUAUUAAGCUUAGAAUGGAACCACUGGUAUUUUAAAAAAAUACUAAGUUUUAGUUUAUUUUUAUGCCAACUUGAAAUCAGCAACAUUGAACACUUUAAAAGCCAUUUUAUAUCACCUGACAAAGCUGUAGUUGGCUGGCAGUACCUAUGCUGGUACAGCUAAGGAAGAGAGACAUGUUGAGAAAUUUUGCUGGAAUCUUGAGUUACCAAGUUAUGUCAGUUAUUGUUUUCUUAGGAUUUCUUUAGUAAAAUUGAACAAAAUAUUGCAGAUCAUCCAGCGGGGGGAGAAAGCAAUGCUUUUACUAAAAGAAACCAGCACCUCCAAUGGCUGCACUUUGUGUCACACCAACAUGUUACAAACUGUUCCACUAAUACAUUUGUUCUUGGGGAGAGAAGAAGCUUUAAGAAAUGUAUUUUUUGCAUUUUGCUCAUAUAUCUUAGGGUCACUUGCUGAUGCUUUUGGUUUGUGUUUGGUUUGUUUGGUUUUAUGGGUAUUUUUUACUGUAUUGCUUGAAGUUCAAAUGUAACUUUUUGAAACUGACCAAAAGAAUCUUUUAUGGUAUUUUCCUUUCCUCUUCUGUCCCCAUCCCAGUCCCCCACCAACAUAUAACUUUAGAAGAAGUUCUGUUGGUUAUAAUGAACUAAAUGAAGUGUUGUAUUUGUUGGCUUUUUAUGAAUAAGCUAGUAUUCAUUUAUUGCUGCAUUCUAAUAAUGGAAUUCAGGUAAUAGAGGUUAAGUAAGCCCUGGAGUAUAAUUAGAAAACAAAUUUGUUGCUUGCAAACAAGGUACUGUGAAUUUGAUUCUUGGCCCUUUUUUGGGAAGGAGGUAUAAAUGUUAAUUUUACUGCCUUCUAGCUUAAAAUACAGUAAAGGUUAAAUAAAUAUGAAGCAGAAAAAACUCCUAGUAGUAUGACCUAUAAAAGUAUAAAUGGCCUAGUGUUCUCUUCUGUUUGUACUCUUUCAGCAGCACUAAGUAAUUUCAUGUUAGUGCAGUAGCAUUCAGUACUGCAUCAUAUAUGGCUUAUGCAUUCAAAAGUACAUUCAGAGCCAAAUGUUGGUGUUUUUCAAAGCAAAUCCCACAACAGAAAUCCCACUUAACAGCAAGAUUCAAGAUUGUCUUUUAUCAAAAGUCCCACUAGGUGCCAGCAAAGGACCUCUGCAGAUCAGAUGAGCCACUGAAACAUCUUGUAGGAAAUUCUCAAUCCCUUUACUCUUGGAAGAAUUGACAGUAUAUUAACUUUUUGACGUGCUGAUAAUUUUAUUUUUAAAAUGAAAAUUUAAAAAAUAAUAAUUAGUUAUGAAUAUAUGAGGCAGUUUGUAUAUAAUUAUGCAGAAUAGCUUUCUUCUGUAAUUCUGUUUGGUAAUGCUUUUUAUCUCUGUGCAUACUUAGUUCACUGUUCUAAAGUUUGUGUAGCUGGUCACAUACCUGCGAAUCACAUUGAACUGUAAUGAAUGUGUCCUUACUCUGGGCUUCCAGCAAACAAGAUGAGGUAGUUUAAUUUGUAAGAAUAAUUUUGUUUCUUUCUACCUUUAACAGCUGUAGUUAGAAAAGGUCAAACUAGAAAUAAAAACAAAUGCCAGAUUAUUAACUAGAAAAACUUCUUUUGGCUCCUAUUCAGUUGCACCUCAUUUGAAAUUAUGAAUUAAUAAACACAGAGUUCUACUAUGUGCAGAUCUUCAGAAACUGUGAUUACUUAGCAGCAUGUGGAUUGCAAGAUAAUGCCAGAUUUCUUUCAAGUUUUAUUUUAAAUAGUGCAGAAAAACAUUUUCUUAAGGGAGAGGAGGCUUAUUUCACUAGUUUGUGCAUAAUUCAGACCUCAGCAGUUUGCUAGCAUAGUUACUAUUUGGAAAUUCAAUCCUGGACUUGAUACUCAAUUAUAUGGGACUUCAUUCCUACCAACUUCCUGUAAUUCUAAACCUAUGGGUAAAAAUAUUAGUAGUCAUACGCUGCUGAGGAAAGUACGGACACAUUGACUCAGCUCGUGCAGCCGCUGCAGGCGUUGCUGUUUGGAACUUGGAAGUUCUGGAAGCCUAUUAUAGUAUUCAUUUAUGCAAAUUCCAGAAGGUGUAAUUGAAACAAGGUCAGUAGUGUUUGUUGCAGCUGAGGUCCUUGGAACAUAAGAGCUUUCUAAAUGAAGGCUUUCUGACUGCAAGCAAUCAGCGACGAUCUAGAAACUACAGUUCAAGAACGGCUGGCUUAUUUCAAGAGGUACUUUCUUUUAAAAUGCUAGUAUCUUGUAGAAAUUAGGACAAAGACUGCAACUUUAAUGGGCUUUUACUGUUGCCAUGUACCAGCUCUGGGUUCUGUGCAGCUGCCUGUAGCCUUUCUGCUGAAGGAUUUUUGUGGGUUUCAUUUGCUAACAUGCGUGGAAAUGAGAACAAAUGGCACGACGGUUAAGAUUGCAUUUUGCUACCCAGAGAAGCAACACAGAUCCAUUAUCAGAAACCUCUGAAGAUUUUUUGGGUAGUAAUAAUUGCAUGUACUUCAAAAAAUCGCAGAGUUCUGCACCUAGCAUUACGCAAGUGAAACUAAUUCCUAGACAAGCUGCUUAUGCACCUGUAGUGCAACAAGUAAUUAAUCAAGAGAAGAGCACAGCUAUUUCUUCACUGCCAAUAAAAAAGAGCAGUUCACUGCACAUUUCCUUGCAGUCCAGGAAGCAGAGUGGAUGUCCUCGGUUUGGUGAUGCCGUGGCUGCUGCUGAAGACCCUUCAUUCAUUGGUAUUGGUAGCGAAGGGAGCUGUGGCACUGGAGCCGUGGCUGACCAUCGAUCUAAUGACAGCCUUCUGAGCAGUGCUGCUCUGGGCAGAGGCAGCCUCAGCAGCAUUGCAGCAAGUGACAGUGGCUCGUUCAGCAGUGCUGGCAGUGACUACGGAUCAUGUGCAAGUACCACAAGUGAUGGAGGUUCGUAUAGUAACAGUGUCAUCAGUGACAGUGGCAGUGGCACGCUUUGGACAAGUGACAGUACUUUCUAUAGUAGUGUUGCACAUGGUGACUCUUCAUACAGAAGCACUGCAAACAAAUGUAAUCCCUCCAGGAGCAACUCAUCUCAGGAAACACUGUAUAGAAGUAAUACUACUUUUGACCAAGAUGGUUUGUCAGUGAGGAAGAAAACUAAAAUUCCAUUGCGACGUUGUUCAUCACUGGUUAUUUUUCCUAGGAGUCCUUCCAGUACUCCUCCAGCUUCUCCAGUAAGCUCCGGUCAGCUACCACACAGAGGCACCUAUCAAACAUCUCAUAAAUUAAUUAUUUCUCCUAGUGAGCUGUCACCAAAAGAAGAUCAGACCAUUUCCAAGGGAUUCCUUUCAACGGCAGUCAAUGGACUUAGACUGUCUAAAACAAUUUGCUCUUCUGGCGAGGUCAGAGACAUCCGACCACUUUAUUUGAAUGCAUCAUUACAGGACAAAAGUCAAAUUUUGAAUGGUCCUCAGCAGGCAACUGGUGAGGAAGUGGCUGAUGGCUUCUCACGUGUGUCAGUUCAUCUUACACAAAGAGUAUUUGGAUCAAGCAGUGAAAUGGUUAAUGGCUCUUGCAGUCCAGAGUUAAAUCUGAACUCUGGUACAAAAUACCCUCAUUUAAAACUGGAACGUAGCACAUCUGCAUGUCUGCCCUCAAAAGCAGAUUCAGAAUAUCAGAUUAAUAUAAAUGAACUAGGAAGACCAAAUGCACAGAUGAGCAAAACUCACCAUAUUUUGCAAAGAAGUGUUUCCUUGGAAGGAUCACGUCAAAAAGUUUCUUGCUGCUUAUCCAGCCUUAAAUACAAGUGUCAUAGUGCAAGGACGUCUCAGUUGCACAUACAGUUCAAAGCUGGGAAUGAAGGAAAAACAACUGGUGUUAGGAAAAGAUAUGGAACCUCUAAAAGGGAAAUGUCUAGCACUUUGUGGAGGCCCCAUAAGACUCGAGAUGAUUUUCUUGGACAAGUGGAUAUUCCUCUUUAUCAGUUACCGACAGAAAAUCCAAGUAUGGAGAGACCAUAUACAUUUAAGGAUUUUGUUCUUCAUCCAAGAAGCCAUAAAUCAAGAGUUAAAGGCCACCUUAGAUUAAAAAUGACUUAUUUACCUAAAAACAAUGGGUCUGAAGAAGAAACCACAGAACAGGCUGAAGAAUUAGAGCCUGGGUGGAUUAUAUUGGACCAACCAGAGGCUGCUAGCCAGCCACAACAGCAGCAGCAGGAAUCUCCUCCUCUGCCUUCAGGCUGGGAAGAAAGACAAGACAUCCUCGGCAGGACCUACUAUGUCAAUCAUGAGUUCAGAAGAACACAGUGGAAAAGACCAACUGCACAGGACAGCGUGGCUGUUGCAGAUCUUGGCAGUGUGCAGCUGGAGGCCCAGCACGUGUUCACUCACCGGCGACAGAUAUCAGAGGAUACAGAAAACACAGACAACAGAGAUUCCCCCGAGAGCUGGGAAAUUAUAACUGAGGAUGAGGCAACAAUGUACAGCAAUCAGAAUGUUCCAAUACCUCUCUCACAGAGUAGCUGUGAUAUACAGAGUCAUCUUGCAGAAGAAUUGAGUAACAGACUUACUACCUCUGGAAGUCCAGCUGCUGGCCAGUCAACAGCCUACACCAACCAUUCCAGCAGAAGAGGUAGUCUGCAAACAUACAGACCUGAAGAGCAGCCUGCACAUCCAGUGUUACUGCCUACUUCAUCUGGAUUGCCCCCAGGCUGGGAAGAACGACAAGAUGAAAAAGGAAGAUCAUAUUAUAUAGAUCACAAUUCUAGAACCACUACCUGGAUAAAACCAGUUGUACAGAUUGCUGCAGAAGCAAGUCAGGUGUCAGCUGCACAAGGUAUUUCUAUAGGAAGACAGCCACAGGCAGCAUCAAGUGAUUCAUCACAACAGUCUUCUCAGCAGCAGCCUGAAAUGGAGCAAGGAUUUCUUCCUAAAGGCUGGGAAGUCCGACAUGCACCCAAUGGGAGACCAUUCUUUAUUGACCACAAUACCAAAACCACAACAUGGGAAGAUCCAAGACUGAAAAUUUCUGCUCAUCCGAGGAGAAAGACUUCCCUAGAUCCAGUUGAUCUGGGCCCAUUACCACCAGGAUGGGAAGAGAGAACUCACACAGAUGGAAGAAUAUUCUUCAUAAACCACAAUACGAAGAGAACACAAUGGGAGGAUCCUCGACUGCAGAAUGUGGCAAUAACUGGACCAGCUGUGCCUUACUCCAGGGACUAUAAGCGGAAGUAUGAAUUCUUCAGGAAGAAAUUGAAGAAACAGAGUGAUAUUCCAAAUAGGUUUGAAAUGAAAAUUCAUCGCACAACAAUCCUUGAAGAUUCUUACAGAAGAAUUAUAGCUGUAAAGAGAGCAGAUUUCCUUAAAGCAAGACUUUGGAUUGAAUUUGAUGGUGAAAAAGGCUUAGACUAUGGAGGAGUAGCCAGGGAAUGGUUCUUCCUUCUCUCUAAAGAAAUGUUUAAUCCUUACUAUGGAUUGUUUGAGUAUUCAGCUACAGAUAACUAUACUCUGCAGAUCAAUCCAAACUCUGGACUUUGCAAUGAAGAUCAUCUCUCUUAUUUCAAGUUUAUAGGUCGUGUGGCUGGAAUGGCUGUUUACCAUGGCAAACUUUUGGAUGCCUUUUUUAUUCGUCCUUUUUACAAGAUGAUGCUCCAAAAACCAAUAACACUACAUGAUAUGGAAUCUGUGGAUAGUGAAUAUUACAAUUCUCUGAGAUGGAUUCUUGAAAAUGAUCCAGCAGAACUGGACCUCAGAUUCAUAGUUGAUGAAGAACUUUUUGGUCAGACCCAUCAACAUGAACUGAAAAGUGGUGGAUCAGAAAUAGUUGUCACCAACAAGAACAAGAGAGACUACAUUCAUCUUGUAAUUCAGUGGAGAUUUGUGAGCCGAGUACAGAAACAAAUGACAGCCUUUAAAGAGGGCUUUUUUGAACUAAUACCACAGGAUCUGAUUAAAAUUUUUGAUGAAAAUGAGCUAGAGUUAUUAAUGUGCGGAUUGGGAGAUGUGGACGUGGCUGAUUGGAAACUACACACAAAAUACAAAAAUGGCUACAACAUAAACCAUCAAGUAAUACAGUGGUUCUGGAAGGCAGUCUUAAUGAUGGACUCUGAAAAGAGAAUAAGAUUACUUCAGUUUGUUACUGGCACAUCACGUGUUCCCAUGAAUGGCUUUGCUGAGCUGUAUGGUUCAAAUGGACCACAGUUGUUCACAGUUGAACAGUGGGGUACCCCUGAAAAACUGCCAAGAGCUCAUACCUGCUUUAAUCGCUUGGAUUUGCCUCCAUAUGACUCGUUUGAAGAUUUAUGGGACAAACUUCUUCUAGCGAUUGAAAACACUCAGGGUUUUGAUGGGGUUGAUUAAGACACAGACAAAAAUUAUGUUGGUCCAGUGCUGCAAUUUCAUUUCAAGGGUUUACAAACAAAUUUGGAUUUUCCAGGGACUACCAUUGUAUAUAGUCACAUGGCUAUUGAAUCUUCAUAGUAUCACGUGUAAAAUAACUAAGUAUUAAAAAUCACUAACUUUUGAAAAUGUAUUUUGUCAUUUCCAUAGUUUUGUGUAUUUGCUGAUACAUGCAAUAUACACAUUGGAUCAAUCAGUGCCAAGUGAGUAAAAAACUGAAAUGUUUUUAGCAAUUGCCUCUUGUACAAUAUUUGAGACUGUCCUGCAGUGAACUACUGAAGUAAAGCUGGGAAGAAAUCUUUGCAGAGGAUUUAAAUUUGAUUUUCUGCUUUAAGAUGAACAACUGAAAUUGUUAAACUGUUUUUAAAAAAACCCCAGCUAAACAAAAAAACCUAACAAACUUCAUGCAUUACAGUAUCAUAAUCUGUGCUGCUUCAGGCUCUUUGCAACAAAUCUGCUCAAAGCACCUUAUAAUUCAGCAUAUUAGAUGAAACAUUGGGAAACAUUUGUUUGCAGAACACUGACUUGCUGACACAGUUUAGACUUCUGUUUCUAACUUGCUUUUGCUAAAACAGUGUAACAAACCCAAGAUUUUUAUAUGAAACAGAUAAGCAGCAUAAUUCUGAGUUUUAAUGAGACAUUGUAUCAAUUUUUUUGUUUGAAUUUGUAUACUGAUGUUGAUUUAUUGAGUGUUCAUCACUGUUUUUGAUAAAUUUGUAGUUGAACGAUAAUAUUUUCAAUUCAGCCUUUUGCAACAAAUCAAUCUUCAAGUGAAAUUUGUAUGGAUAUCACUCAGUAUUUACUGAUAGUUAGAGGCCUUUAUUAUCCAUUCUUGCAGUAUUGCACUACAUAACAAUAAAGAACAUGUUUACAGGGUUUUCUGGGCCAAAUUCAGCAGUCUGUUAUGUGCAAACUCCUCUGAACUGUGUGGAGGUUGUGCACAUGUGAUCAGGUGCAGAAUUUGGUUCUGUGAUAUGUUUACAGGUUGCUAGUUUCUACAGCUGCAUUUUUGUAUUUUUUCCUCCAGUGUUAGUCUAGAAACCAAAUUUGUUAAUACAGUAUAACCAAAGUCAUAACCAACAAUGUGCAAUUUAUUGUAGAUCAACUUGUCAUAUAUAAAUAUUAGUUUGAUUCCUUUUGUAAAUGUGGGUAUUUUUUGUAUUAAUGUUAACACUUUUUUUGAGCAAGUGCUGGUUAAAAUUAUUAGCAAAGUUGGUUCUGAAAGAAAAAAAUUGGUUUUUAUGCCUGACUUGCUCAAAUUUUAACAUUUUAUUUACCAAUAUGAUCUGAGGAAAUGACAGUACCUAGCUUUGGCCAGCAAAUUUCUGUUUAGUCACAGUCUUUAUAAAUAUGCAAGAAGGAAGUGUAGCACAUCUCUCUGAAGAUAUGUAAAUUAUGUAACAAAUGUUAAUGGGUCUUAAGGGAUAUUUCAAAUCCCGGUUUGUUUUAUCCUUUGACUAGGUCAUUAGGACUGAGAGUAUUACAUGUAAAUAAAGGUAACUUAUACAAAUUUCCCAAAUCUAUAUGCAGUUUUGUAAAACGUGAAUGAUAUAUCAGUAAAUCUGUAUAGAUUUGAAUGUAGCAGGUUUUGUUGCAUACUUUAAAGUAUAAAAUAAGGAUCCUGAGAGCAGUAAAUAAAAGUUUAUUCUAAUAA